AUGAACGCUAUUUGGCUGAUAAAUUAGCGGCAAAGGUUCGCAUCUACUGCUUCAUUUUAACUAUGCCCGCCUCAAGGGAAAAGAAGGCCGUCCACGUGAAAGCGACCUGGGCUAGGCAUUUCGAUAAGUUCGCCUUUAUCAGCAGUGAGGACGACCCGGAUUUCCCUGUGCUGAAGGCUGUUCAAAACGAGUCACGAAAACACCUUUGGCUGAAGACGCGGUUUGGAUUUAUUAACGCCUACAGGAAUCACCUCAACGACUUUGAAUUUUUUAUGAAGGCCGAUGACGACACUUACGUCAUUGUUGAAAAUUUGCGUCUACUGCUGUCAACUAAGGACCCAAAUGUGCCUAUACUGAUGGGACGAAGGUUUAAAGUAAGUUCCUUGUUCUCCUGUAAAAAUGUAAUCUUUCACAUACCAAUCAGGGUUAUACUUCAUCGAAAAUGUGCAAGUAUAUUUUUUGUAACGGAUUUUAAUAAAUCAAGUCUAUACGGUUCUUAUGUGGCUUGCAGAAGAACGCUGAUCAAAGAUCGCACGCUUGAGUAG